UGAAGUUACUUAUCUCCCAUGGAAUAUUCAGAUGGCGCAAAAUUCAACAUGUCAGCCUCCAUGGUAUUAUUUGGAUGAAAAGUGACAAGAUACAUAAAAUUACUGCACAUCAUGAAUUAUGGUUUAGGAUGUCUUGUGGUGUGUAAAGAAAGCUGAGGAACAUCUGGGUCAUCACAGCAACAAAUCACUGACACAGAAUCACAUGCAAUGACCUGUCCUCAGUCUAUGAGAACUGUCUGUAGAAAAUCAUGACCAGAUAGGAAUGGCAUUUUACCAUAAACGUUAAGAAAUUACACUUUGGAAACUGCAGAAUGGUUUUGUUGUCCAGUUCAACUGUACGCACAGAGCGUCAACUGCGAGUGAAAAGCCGUCAAGGGGGACGUAUCCGUGUUGUACGAGAGUUGUAUUUACGUGAAGACAUCCCAUGUCAGAGUUCUCUGUGUGUUGCUGGUUGUCUUAACAAAGGUGAAAGCCUGUCCCUACUCCCCAGUGACGUGACCCACUACGUGUUCCCUGACUGUCAGGUGGCUAGAGAUUACUUAGAAAUCUUGGAGGCGCCGGAGAUAAGAGGGAUCAUCUUCACCCAAACUGUAGCUAACAGUGUUCAACACGAUGGAAGUAAGCGUCUCUACACCCGACUGAAAAAUAUUGUGAAGGAUCCAAGGCGUGGGUCCAUCACUUUCCACAAUGAAUUCCAGAAAUAUGCCUACUGUGAGAGGCAAGGGGGGGAGCCCCUAAAUGACUGGCACAUCAGAAGUACUUACCAGGCAGCGGAGUGGUUCUACAACCACCUUGCAGGACAGAUGCCUGUGGUCAUGGUUACACAGAGCCAGGAGGCUGUAGCCCUGUAUGGCCACAAGACUCUCAAUGUGUUUGUGAUGAACUUGAAAGACUACUUAGUAGGGUUCCUCUCAUCUCUCACUGGCGCCAUGGAUCUCUACGAGUCUCUCACUGCUGCUCUUGAACUGAGGACUACAAAAGAUCGUGAUUACUUGGGUUAUCUCCCCUCCGAUGUGUUGGAGGCAGGUAUCAAGUCAGGCCGCUACAUCUCUGGCUGCAUGAAUGUCAACAAACACAAUGCCAUGACAGAGGCCUUCGUCAAGAGAACAGGACGUGACUUGAAAGAAGAAAGUGACUCUGACAUCCUGAUUCAUGGAACUGCGUCCAGGAACAGAGCUAUUCAUGGUGACAGUGUUGUAGUUGAACUCCUGCCACGAUCUCAGUGGAAGGGGAGAUCACUCUCUAUCAAAGAAUUAGGAGACAAGACAGGGGAGGCAACUGGUGAUGGUGAGACGACUAAUGAUGACAUGAGCAGUGUCAUGCCGACAGGCCGUGUCGUGGGGGUGCUGCAAAGGAACUGGAGGGAAUAUGUGGCCAGCUUCUCUGCAGAUGAGGAGGCUCAGAAGAACGCCAACAAAGCUGGGAAGGUGCUGCUCAUCCCCUGGGACUACCGCAUCCCCAAGAUCCGCAUCAGUACCCGACAAGUGGGCACACUCCGUGAGGACAGGAUAAUUGUUAGGAUUGACUCGUGGGAUGUGGGUUCACAGUACCCAAAUGGUCACUUUGUGCGAAGUUUGGGGAAGAUUGGGGAGCUGGAGACAGAGAUCGCAGCACUGCUUGUGGAGAACAACAUCUCAGUACCACUGUUCUCCGACCUGCAGUUGAAGGAGCUGCCGACUGACACACCGGAGCAGCCAUGGAAAAUGGAUGCAGAGGAGGUCUCAGCUCGACGGGAUCUGCGUCAGUCUCAUCUCAUAUUCAGCAUUGACCCUAAAGGUUGUGAGGAUGUGGACGAUACUCUGUCCAUCAGACAACUUCCUGAUGGAAGCUAUGAACUUGGUGUGCACAUAGCAGACGUCACCUACUUUGUGAAGCCAGGAUCACUUUCUGAUGUAGAGGCAAGGUCAAGGUCAACAUCUGUGUACCUGGCGGACCGGAGAUAUGAUAUGUUGCCAUCAGUCCUCAGUGCCAACCUGUGCUCCCUCAUCAGCGGAGUGGACCGAUAUGCCAUGAGUGUUAUUUGGGAGCUAACACCUGACUUUCAAGUGAAGAAUGUUUGGUAUGGCAGGACUGUCAUCAGAUCACAGUACAAACUAUUCUAUGAGCUGGCACAGUCUAUAUCUGAUGGAGCUUCCGAUGAGGACAUCGUCAGUAACGUCCCCGAGCUACACAGCAUAGCCCAUUCAGAAGUGAAGGAGAGGUUGGCGGAGUUGAAGUGGGCAGUGUUCAAACUGAUGGAGGUGGCAAGGGUGCUGAAGUCUCGCCGUGUGUCUGGCGGUGCCUUAGAGCUUGACAGUGUGGAAGUUCGAGUCGAAAUGGAUGACAGCAAGAAGAUAGAUGACCUCACUCCAAAAGAUCACCUGGAAAUUCAUGAUACUAUAGCGGAGUGUAUGAUCUUUGCCAACCACUGGGUGGCCAGGAAGAUAGCAGAAGUCUUCCCUAACCAGUCUCUGCUUCGUCAUCACCCACUGCCAAAGCAGGACCACUUUGCCAACCUCAUCAACUGUGCAGAAUCCAAGGGUUUUACAAUAGAUGUGUCCACUAAUAAAGCCCUUGCUGCAUCCCUGGAUUCCUGUGUAGACCCUGCUGAUCCGACAGUUAACAAGCUUCUCCGCACACUGGCGACACAGGCCAUGUCCAACGCCCAGUACUUCUCUACAGGCAGCUUGGCAAGGGACCAAUUCUUCCACUACGGCUUGGCUCUGGAUCUCUACACACACUUCACCUCCCCCAUAAGGAGAUAUGCAGAUAUCCUGGUGCAUCGCCAGCUACUGGCAGCCAUUGGAGCAGACAGUCACACUAGGUUGCCUAGCAACAAGGAAUUGGAUGAACUCAGCAACCACAUCAAUCAAAAGCACAGGGCAUCCCAGAAUUCGCAGAGAGACUCUCAGGACAUUUUCCAGGCACUGUUCUUCCGAGACAAAUCUCCAACUGAUGCAAGCUGCACUGUGGACGCCAUCAUAUUCCAAAUCCGAGCCAAUGGUGUACUGGCCUUCCUUCCCAGGUAUGGCAUCAAGGGGCCUGUGUAUCUGAGAAGCAAGGAAAACUUGGUGGCCAUCGCCACGACUGAAGGGAAGUGUGAAUGGACUGGUGGCUCCCUCUCACGCACAGCUACUUCUAUUACAAUUACCUCCCCUUUUGGCAGUCAUACAUACAAGCUGUUUGACCACAUCACAGUGCAGAUAAUAUUGAUCCAAUCCAGAGCCCAUUCCUCAGCUCUGAAGCUGGAACUCAUCUCCAAUACUCCCCACUUUGAAGACAGCUCCCAGCAUCGAGCAGCAACUAGUUCCAACAAGGCAGACAUUAUAAAGGAAGUCCGUAGUGCUGCUGAGGAGAAGAAAUCAGAGUUACCCUCCCCUGAUUUGGGCUCCAACUUCCUUCAGCUGAAGGCUGAGUACGGGCAGUCUGCUGAAAAUCACAGCUUGUACUGCUUGUUGCAGUCCUUCAGGGAGAUGGGCCUCUCAGUGGACUAA